AGGGAUCUACAUAGUCUAGUAGUAGUAGUAGAAAAUUUAGUAGAAUACCACUGGCACUGGCACUGACUCUUUCAAUGUCUUUGCAUAGCCUGAUACUGAUACAGAGAUAGGGGUGGAGGCCGGAACGAAAAAGAAGCUGCAUGCCGAGCACAGGCUGUCAGUUCGUUGACAUGGUUGUAUCGUAAUUUGUAUUGUUGCAGUUGCCGAUUUGGGCAUUUUGGUUGGGCAGUUGGCGGUGAGCACCGGUACAUUCUGAGUACUAUGAUGAUACCGCUAGCUACAGCAUUACUGGCUGAAAGAACUCAAGUAGGGGCGGUAGUCGAUUCGUGACAGCAGUGAUACCGUUUUCAUUUUUGUAUUUUUAGAAUAACUACUUCGUACAUAGUCGCUCACUUCAUAUCUUCUGGCCCUACACUGUACACAGUUCCGAGAGGGAAGGAGUGUAAGAUGAAUAAUACAACAACAACAACGUCUUGUCAGCCGUUCCCGGCGGAGCCGCACCGAUGCACGGUGAUUCUGAACAUCCGCCAUGCUAUGGCAUCCAUCUCUCUAAUUAGCUGCAUCUUCUGCUUGUUCAUUAUCUGGGUAUUUCGCAAGUAUGAAAACUUUGCGCAGCGUCUCAUAGCCUGGCUGACCAUUGCCGCUCUCUUCGACAGCAUUGCGUAUGUCAUGGGUGACUUACAGGACAGCGUUACACCAUUUUGUCGUGCCCAGGCUUUUUUCCUCUCCUACUUUGACUGGGCUUCUCUGUUGUGGGUUUGCUGCAUUACCUUCAACCUAUACUGGAAUGUCAUUCACUUCAAAGCGACAAAGAGUUUCGAGAUAGUUUAUCACAUCAUCUGUUGGGUAAUACCACUGAUCGUUGCAUCCAUACCUUUCGCCAAAUCUGACGGAUAUGGUCCGGCCGGCCUCUGGUGCUGGAUCACCAACAAGUACACUGUGAUGCGCUUUCUGCUGUGGUAUGUUCCAGUUUGGAUCGCUGCGGUCGGCCUGGCCAUAGUCUACAUCUACAUUAGAUGGAAGCUGAAGCAACAGGUUGGAUCGUGGGAAGGAACUUACACUCCCGAGAAUCAGAGAAUGAAGGAACUGUUGAGGGAAGAUAUCAGCGACUUGAAAUACUACCCGCUCGUUUACUUGAUCAUUUCUCUCUUUCCAACCAUUAACAGGAUUCAGAAUGCUGUGACGCCUGGCGAGAGCUAUGUGUACCCGCUGCUGAUACUGCAUACCUUGUUUUCUCCAUUGCAAGGAUUUUUAAAUGCAAUCGUCUUCACCUUUGACAAAGACACCAGGAGUCGCCUUGCGUUGCAUCAGCUUUGGGCUGCGCUUCGCAGUCGAUUCAGUGAGCGUCACUCCGUCAAGCCGUACAGUGUUGGAAGUUCGGCGCCACCAGCGAAUGAGCGAUCACUUCUGCAUGAGAGUGCGGCAUCAUCGGUUUCCCCGGUGUCCAGUGGAGAUGAUACUGGCACUUGAAAACCGCCCCAAAGUCAUCACGUGUACAGCAUGUCUCCUCCUUAUGCUGUUACGGGCUGUCAAGGAGCCCACACUGAGACCGUCCCGGAAUCUUGGUGUCUUAGUUUCAGGCUCACAGAGUCAUUGUACAACAACUAUUGUUGCAGUCCAUCAUACACAUCCAUGGGGCUAGAGACACCACCGCCAGUCAUCAUUGUUCUUGCUGUGUUCAAUGUCUGCACAGCAGCAUCCCAUUCAGUGUCCAUGGACAUGCACAACACAAUGCCGUCAUGCUCUUAGCUAUCUAGUAUGCAUGCUGGUGAAUGCAUGUCGUCAUGCUCUUAGCUAUCUAGUUUGGAUGCUGGUGAAUGCAGCAUUGUUCAGCCGGUUUUUUCCCGUUUUCAGAUACCGAUACCGACAGAGUCUAGCAGUGAAGUAGUUGAUACUUGAAUUCGUUUCUAUGUUCAUUUCAGGCAUCCUCCAAAUAUUUGUCUUGACGUGUUGUCAUUAUUUUAUGGUUUUGAAAAAAGGGCAUAGGUGGCCUUCUGUCUGUUUAUUAUUUUUAUACGGAUGACGUACUAGCGGAGAAUAUGUUCACUGUGUGACUGUAGAGAAAGAUUUGGAGUUGUUGUUGUUGUUGUUGUUGUUGUUGCGGUUUUUGUUUGAAAUAUUUCAAACACAUGAUAGUCUGUGGCCAAUAAGAGAAAAUGUACAAACGGAAAGUAUG